CAAGAUAGAAAUAACAAGAUUCAGUUGUAGAAGCAAAGUUCCUUUACAUCCACGGAGGAUUAACGCUGGCAGAAGCAUCAUUGGGCUUGUAGCUAUAGCAAGACGCAAAAUUACCUUGUUUCCGGUACUCCUACUGCUUACGUGCUAUACGGAGUUGGUGUGUCAUUUCUAGUCCGCUUCUAGCGACACAGGAGCUUGGCGAUUGUGCAUCUCACUGAACCUUAGCAGGCUCCUAAGAUGUCGUUCAAAACUGGCGACGAAUGGCGUCGCCAGAAGGAGCUGGAGGAGGCCCGUAAGGCCGGUUUGGCGCCGGCCGAGGUCGAUGAGAAUGGCAGGGAAAUUAACCCCCACAUCCCUCAGUAUAUGGCCACGGCGCCUUGGUACCUGAACACGGACAAACCCACCCUUAAGCAUCAGCGUAACUGGAACGACAAGGGGAAGGAUGCGGACCAGUGGUACGAUCGUGGCGUCAAGGUCUUCCAAGCGACCAAGUGGCGGAAAGGGGCAUGCGAAAAUUGUGGGGCCAUGACGCACAAAACAAAGGACUGCUUAGAGCGGCCACGCAGCAAAGGUGCAAAGUGGACAAACAUGAACAUUGCGCCGGAUGAGAAGGUGGAGGACAUACAGCUGGGCGGCUUUGAGAGCAAGCGCGACCGCUGGAACGGCUACGACGCAAAGGAGUACGCGCGCAUCGUGGACCGCUUCGAGCACCUGGAGGAGAUCAGGAAGGAGACUAAAAAGAAGGAACAGCUGGCCGCAAUCCACAAGAAGGGCGAGGCGGCUGAGGAGGCUGCGGAGGCGGAAGCCACAGCUGAUGGCGCCAUCGACGAGGAUGAGACGAAGAUUAAGGAGGAGGAGGAAGCGGGCUUUGGUGAGGUGAAGAAGCGCGUGCGCACCACCGCGGGUGGCUCCACGGGCUCGGUGCGCAACCUGCGUAUCCGCGAGGACAUCGCCAAGUACCUGCUGAACCUGGACGUCAAUUCCGCCUACUACGACCCCAAGUCCAGGUCUAUGCGCGAGGACCCGCAGCCCGACAAGCCCAUCAGCGAGAAGCUCUUCCAGGGCGACAACUUCGUGCGCAACGGCGGCGAGUUCGCGGCCUGGCAGAGCCUGCAGCUGCACUCGAUCAAUGCGCACGAGAAGGGGCUGGACGUGCACAUGCAGGCCAACCCCUCGCUCGCCGAGAUGCUGUACAAGCAGUUCAAGGAGAAGAAGGAGAAGCUGGAGAACAAGACCAAGGAGGAUGUGAUGGAGAAGUACGGCAGUGCCGCCGCGCCGCUGCCGGAGGACGUCAAGGUGCUGGCGGGGAGCGAGCGGUAUGUGGAGUACGACCGGACGGGGCGGGUGAUCAAGGGCGUGGAGGUGAAGGCGAAGAGCCGCUACGAGGAGGACGUGCUGGUCAACAACCACACCUGCGUGUGGGGCUCCUGGUGGCGCGAGGGUGUGUGGGGCUACGCGUGCUGCCACUCCACCGUCAAGAACAGCUACUGCACCGGCAAGGCCGGCGAGGCGGCUGCAGCGCAGGUGGACGAGGCCAUGCUCGCCAACAUGGAGGCGGCCGCACGGGAGCGGGAGGCGGCGGAGCUGAAGCGGCGCCAGGAGUCCAAGCUGAAUGACUACAAGUUCCAGACAGACGUGUGGGGCACGGACGGGCCGGACGGAGAGCUGGACGCCAAGAAGGUGGAUGCCGCCAUGCGCAAGCUGGAGGAGCGUGAGCGCGUUGCCAUGGAGGGCGACAAGGCCAAGCGCAAGUUCAACAGCCUGGAGGGCGCAGGCGGCGAGCACGUGACACCGGAGGAGAUGGAGGCGUACCGCAUCAAGAAGGGGCGCGGUGACGACCCGCUGGCCGCGCUGAUGCAGGCGCAGAAGGACGCGGACGGCAGCAACGCUGGGGGGACAGGGACGGCAGGAUAUGAGCUGCUAUGAGUGGGGUUCGCUGUACGGGUGUGUACAUGGUUUAGUGACAUUGGGGUGGGGGUCAGCUGCCGAUGUAUGACAGCUUGAUUGAACUAGUGUUAACUGUUUGGGUUAUUUACGACAGGUUUGUACUGGAAGGCUGGUUAAACGGGGCAAGUUUGAGCAACGAAUGGCUGAAGUGUGUCCUUUGUCGGAUGCUUCCGCUGCGGCCUAAUGGUGCGGGUAGUGGUGUUGCUGGCAUAGCUUUGACGUUGGUUUUGUGAUGUGGCUGCUUCGAAACUCCUCCUGAACUCAAUCGUACGCGCACGGGUGUUGCGCCUCGUGUGCUAGUGAGUGAAUUGCAAUGAGGACACGAUAAUUGCGUCUGAUAUUGUAGCAAUAUGUGUCAUGCGUGUGCUAGCAACUUACUACGCAAGCCAGCAUAAGCGUAACGUCAGGGGCCUUUCAGUUGCGUUUAUGAGGCCAUGACAUUGAGCUGCUUGCUCUGCAUCGCAAUAGAUGACCCAAACAUGUGGUGUUCAUUGAACUUUAGUGUGCAGCGCAGACGCGACAAAUGCUAAGGUUGGCUCGGGAUGACACUGGGCUGUUGUGGUAGCACUCGGGCACGCACCUGUGGACGCAAUCCUGGUGACAAGUUCUACACAUGUAAAUUUACCCCAAUGCUAUGCAGGUAACAUGCCUCGUGGUAAAAUGCUUUCGGCAGAGUGCAGUUGUCCGGCAGUACCAGCUUCUGAGCCGAUCCUGUAUGAUUGAUGGGGGGUCUGCUCAUACGCAAGUUGAUACUAAUACAAAAUUCGUUUCAUACGAAGGCUGCUUCCCCUCUAGAUAGGACUAGAGUCCAUUGGCGUCGUUUCACUAUAGUAUAACGUCGGCCCCAGACGGUUUCCACCUUGCUCGUCUGGGGCCCUGAUGCACCUUACAGCCUUAACUGCAGUAGCCAAUGCACGAUUAUAGUGGGGACACCUGCUGAUGAGCGCUCAGGCGAGGGAACUUGUUCGCAGAGCGGUGACAGUGUUACUUUGUGGCAGAACUGCCCGAGAGGAGGCAUCGCUUAACAGCAAACCACAGCCCAGUGCGUCAGGUGCUCCGUUGCCAGCAGUGCCCCUGUCAGAGCUGUCGGCAAGAAUGCAGAACAUUCCUUCACCCUCACACCCGCCGAUCACACCGAGCACGGAGGAGCAAGAGGUUGAUUAUGCGCUGGUUCAAAGUGUUGUCGAGCAGGCAGUGCGCCAGGUCCGGGCCACAAGCUCUGCCGCGUCUCUGGGCAGGCCCCGCAGCACAGGCGAAGUCGUGUCCCGAAAAUUUUGGCAGGAAGAAAGCUUGGGAUAUGGCGAAGUAAUUACAGAUGGCUUUUACGACAUCCAUGGCGACUAUCCGGAGGUUUGUGAAGGCGCCGAUGAGUUCCCUUCGUUGGCGGACUUGCGGAAGGUCCGCACCAGCGAGGGCGAUGUGCGAGAGGUCGUCGUCGUGGACCACGAAGACGACAGCGGGCUGCUUGGCGUGGAGGAGACGCUCUCGGAGGCCAUGGGGGAGGCCAGCCCACAGGACACAGUCGCUCGUAUUCAGGUGUUGGCCAGCGUGGUUUGCGAGCGCUUCGGCGGCGUGUUCGACAGUGAGCGCACGCUGGAGGUCCUCUGGCGGGCGAACAGCGCGAAUGAAAGGCGCCGCAACCGUUCGGUGGUUCUACCGCUGUGCGGACUCGAAACGGGCGCCGGCCGGCACCGCGCGCUGCUUUUCAAGGUGCUGGCCGACGCGCUGAAGCUGCCGUGCAAGCUCAUCCGCGGCGCGACGUUGUGCGGAUCCGACAGCGCUGCGGAUGCGGUGGUGCAGGUGGAGGGGGUGGAGUACGUGGUUGACCUGGUCAUACACCCCGGCAGGCUGAUGACGAUGGAGCAGUACGCGGUGCGGGUGCAGCAGCGGCGCACGGCGACUGACAGCUUGCCUCGGUCGACAUCCAUGGGGAACGCGGAGGCCUCCGCAGCCGCGAUCCCCAGCGCCGCUGCAAUGCCCGAGAGCACCUCCUCCGGCAGCAACCACGUAGUAGCAGGUAGCUCCCUGUCAACCGGCGGCGUGGCAGGCGGCGGCGGUGCUGCUGGUAUUACUGGCACCAUCACCCCCACUGCUAGCGCCACGCUCCCCUCGGGUCCGCUCGGCGCCGCCAUCGCCUCUCCCGCCGACCUAUCAGCGCUCCCAGCACACAACAGCCCCCGCGCACUGCAGUUCCGGCCGCCUCCCCUGGCGCCGCCGGUUCCCCCGCCGCUGGGGGCGUUUGGAAACCCGCCGCUGGUGGGCAACUCGCCGCAUGUGCACGCCGCCAGCCGCUUCAUGGUCGGCGGCGGGGGGCACGGCUCCUCUUCUUCGGGCUCCGGAAGCGGUCCCGCCAUUGCAGGCAGCCGCAUUCGCUUCGCCAUUGGAGCACCCACCGCGGAAACCGCAAGCCAGCCCGCAGCAGCUGGGAAAGGCGCGCUGCCGUUGCCGGCGGUUGGGGCGCCUGCGUCGGCGUCGGUCCGGGCACCCGCGUCCUCUGGCGGCGGCGGCGUAGCAAAGAUGCUGUCUGCUCCGCCUGUCCGCGACACCAGCUCCGUUAGCGGCGCGGCAGCGGGUGCCAGCAGCAGUGGGCGGCAGAGCCAUGUCGGGAUGUUGCCCAAUAAGGCGCACUCAAUGAACGAUCUUGGGGUGUCGCAGUCGCAUUCGCAGGGGGCGAUCACCCCCACGGGAUCGGGUGCAGGCGACCUCAUACGCUUUGACUCGGGGUCGUUGGCUGAGAACCUGGCGUUGAGCGGACUGGAGCCCGCGGGGUCGGUGCCCAGGCCGCCGGUGACGCCCGCCACUGCGCCGCCCGCAGCUCCUGCACCCCCCUCCUCGCACCCGCCGCACUCGCACUCGCAGCAUCCGCAUGCACUUCAAGGCAGCAGCACCAACAACAACCAUACCCGGCAGGAAUCUUUUGACCAGAACGGCUGGGUGAAAUUCGGGGGCAGCUUUGGUCGGGUUGCGGAGGACAUCCAGUCGGCGGUGCAUGCGGGGGUGCAUGCGGCCGGACCGGGGCCCAGUCCGCUGGGUCUACCGAACGCGCUAGGGUCGGGCUGCGUCACAGGCGGCUUCGCAGCGCACCCGCCGCCACAGCAUGCACCCGUCCUAGACACUGUCGGCAGCCGGGAUGCGAGGGCGGCGCCGCCGGGCUUCCAGCAGAGCGCCUUUGCCAACGUGCAGCUGCCAUGUGCCGGGGCUGCAGCGGCAGGCGGUGUGGGUGCGGCGAGCAGUAGCAGCAACGUCAGCUGGAGCGUGGUGGUCAGCGGCGCUGGCGGCGGGAGGACCUCGGCGCCCGGAGGCAACCUGCCGCAGCAACCGCAACCGCCGCAGCAGCCGCAUGUCGCUGCUCCGCAUGCAGCUGUGGGGGUGCCUCAGUCUGCGUUCUGGACGCCGGCACGUGCGAGUCUGCAGGGCCUGGCUGCGGCAUUCCCGGAGAUGCCCCCGCAACAACCGCAGCCCCUGGGUCCUGGGCUGUCUCCGCUGGUGCAGCAGGCACCGGGAGCCGGUCCGCUGGUGGGAAUGCCUGCGACCGUGGUGCCGCCAGCUCCCGGCUACAGCACUCAAGCGCAGCCGCAACUGCAGCCGCCCAUCCGGCCGCACGCAAACGUGGUGGCUGGUGUGAUGCCGGUCCCUACUGGCAACGGCAGGGUCGCCCCGGGCAUGCAUCACCAGCCCGCGCAGCUGCCCAAGCCUGUUGAGGGCGGCAACGGCAGCAAAGCGCCCUCACCACCGCCGGGAGCAGCCCCUGCCGGCGGCGACGGUGACCUCUUCCGGGACCUGUCUCCCUUUGUCAGCCAGCAGACCCGCAGCUCAGCCACGUCUAGCGGCGGUCCGCAACAGCAGCAGCAGCAGCCUGAGGAGGCAGCGCUGGCGGCUGUAGCAGCACCCGGCAGGGAGCCUGCUGGCCGUGUGUCCGUGACGUUGCCGCCGGAGCCGCAGCCGCAGCAGCCGAUGCCUGUGCCCCAGGUGGUGGAGCCGGCUGCUCAGUACCAGGACAUCAGCCCCACGGACUUGACACUCAUCAGGCGUAUUGGCGGCGGAAGCUACGGCACCGUCUACCGCGGCACCUGGCGCGGCACCGAGGUGGCAGUCAAGCUGCUGGGCGAGCAGAACGUGGACGAGGGGCGCAUUCGGGAGUUCCAAGCGGAGGUGACAAUCAUGAACCGCCUGCGACACCCCAACAUCGUGCUCUUCAUGGGCGCAGUCACCACGGGGGAGCAGCUGGCCAUCGUGACGGAGUUCGUGCCGCGCGGCUCCCUGUUCCGGCUGCUGCACGACCCCAAUGCGACGCUGGAUGCGAGGCGCAGGCUGAACAUGGCUCGCGACAUUGCAAAGGGCAUGGAGUACUUGCACAGCUUGCGGCCGCCGGUGGUGCACCGGGACCUCAAGUCACCUAACCUGCUGGUAGACCGGCAAUGGACCGUCAAGGUGUGCGACUUUGGGCUGUCCCGGACCCUGAGCAACACCUACCUCACAGCGGGUACCCAGGCAGGGACGGCUGAGUGGAUGGCGCCGGAGGUGCUUCGCAGCGAGGUGUGCGACGAGAAGUGCGAUGUGUUUAGCUUUGGGGUCAUCAUGUAUGAACUGGUAACGGGGCGCAAGCCCUGGGAGGGGCUCAACGUAGGGCAGGUUGUAGCGGAGGUGGCGUUCAAGCACCGGCGCCUGACGCUGCCGGCAGGCGUGGAGCCGACUGUGAGGUCGCUCAUAGAGAGCUGCUGGGCGAAUGACCCCCGGGAGCGGCCGUCCUUCACGCAGAUACUGGCCAUCAUGGCCGCAUGGACCGAGCUGCGGCUGGUCCUCAACACGGACUUGUAAUAGCAGGAGGCGGCCACUAGGGCCGGGCAGUAGGAUGAACGCUCGUAUUCACAGCUUUUCAGAGUUACAUGGGUAGUAAUUGGUACUUCGCAACCCGCGUUGGUUGUAUAAUUUGGUUAGGCUCGACAGUUCUUCGCGUGGAUGUAUGGCCUUACGGAUUUGACUUUAGCAGUGGUGGUGUUGCGUGUUGCUGUGAAGGCGCAUGCUCUCUUUGCACGUUUCUGGGUGUUUUGCACAUUUUGCCUUUGCAGUGCAUACGGUUGAGGCAAAUUUCCUUUGUUGCUUCUAGGUCGCUUUUUGGUCGCAUAGGCAAGUAGUUUGCCGUCGCCAAUGCGCGUGAACAACCCUUCUUUAACGUACGUACAUAGCAUACGCGCUUUGGUGCAGUACCGUAAGCGACCGCGCCGUCAGAAUAGCUGGGUGCGAAUCAGGGGACACCGACAGGUUCACUUAACCUGCGCUGCACUCUCUCAUGUAUCUGCUUGACUGUUGGGCCCCUCUUUGCCAUGGGUGGUAUACCGGUACCUGGAUUGGCAUGUCUUGGCGCAUCUGGUCAAGCCUUGUGGCACUACACCUUGGCUUCUCUGCUGAACGUCGCACCCUGUUAUAGGAUUAGCGACCUAAAGACACUGGUGUGCAGCAUAGCCCCUGGGAAAUGCCGUGACGCAAGCGUAUGCGUUACAUUACCAUUAUAGCGAGUCGGCAAACACAUAGAUUGCAGCGCAAAUGGAACGGUUCAAGGUGUCGGCAGUGUUAGACAGGACUCGGCACCGUAUCAUAGCGUAUAAGGCGCCACCUGUUCGACCGCUACGCGGCAACGCGUUCCGAUGUUCGUUGCGUAUCACUGCCAGAGAACGUAGCCUUCCGUUGUGUUAUUACAGAUAGUCACGGUGAAAAUUGAACGGCGGAUCGGCGCAACAUAAGGAGGCCGCCCCUCCCCUUCGGCGUGGACAACCUGGACGUGUUGCAGAGUCGCAGAUGGACGCACCCUUCUUCAGUCCGCGCAUGGGGCUGCUGACGGGG